GCUGCGGCGACCCCUGAAAAACAGGGAACAAGCUGAAAGGAGAAGAAGAUUAAAAUGGUCGAAUGUAUAGUUAGAUUUCCCAGCCAUACUCCAUUAGAGUCCGUGGUGGUGAUGCCGCCGUAAACGUAAAAAGGAGGAGAAAAAAAGAGAAACGAGCGAGACCCCCUGCCCCGGAAGUAAAUUCAGAGCCCAGCCCAUGGACAGGCAACGUAAUGGCGAUUCAGUCUGCUCGCAGUAACCAAGCUCACUGAAAAUACUAUCGUCAGAAAAUGUCUUUUAUCAAACCACUGAGAUCGAUUAUUGAUCAGUCGAUCAGUGAAAUAUUUGAGGAGUUUGAGAGAAGGAUCGCAGAGUACGAGGAGGAAAUUUCGCGUCUAAAGACGGAAAACUAUCGACAAAGGAAGGAACUGGACGCCGUAGUACGGAUAUACAGAUUAGACGUUCAGCAGCUGUUAGCUUCUGAAAAGGAGGUUCCCGUGGUGAAGCAGGAAUGGAGCCCCAUUUGGGGCCAGGAGGCACCAGAGGCCCCAUGCAUCAAAGAGGAAGAGGAGGAACUUUGGACCAGUCAGGAGGAAGAGCAGCUUCAGCAACCAGAGGAGGCUUGUAUAACCAAAUUCCCAUUCACCCCUGUCCCUGGGAAGAGUGAAAAUGAUGAAGAGAAACCUCUGUCCAUACAGCUUCAUCAAAGCCAAACAGGGGAGUACAGAGUGGUGGAGCCUCCAGACAGCCCCUUAACUGAAGAGAUGAAAACAGAACCUGAUGGAGAGAAAUGUGGACUAUCAGAACUAGUUAGUAACCAAGAUCAAGAUGAUGAUUUAGAAAUGACCAGUUAUGGUCAGCCCCUUUCCUCAGACUCCUAUCAAAGUGAGGCUGAAGACAGUGAUGAUGAUGAUUGUAGCAAGACUAGUGAAUCACAGUCAAGUUCGGACACAACAGACAACUCUGAAAUAAAUCAUCAGAGAUCUCUUCAGAAGAAAACCAUCAAUUGCCCUGUCUGUGGUAAAGGGUUUUCUAGAAGAGGCCGUAUGUGGCUACACAUGAAUGAACAUACAGGAGAGAAACCCUUUAGUUGCUCAGUCUGUGGUAAAGCGUUUUCUCGAAAAGAUCAUGUGCACACACAUAUGAGAAUACAUACAGGGGAGAAACCUUUUAGAUGCUCAGACUGCGGCAAAAGGUUUUCUCGAACAAGUAAUUUACGCGCACAUAUGAGAAUACAUACAAGGGAGAAACCUUUUAGAUGCUCAGACUGCGGUAAAGCUUUUACUAGAAGAGCACAUAUGAAUACACACAUGAUAAUACAUACAGGGAAGAAACCUUUUUGUUGCUCGGUCUGUGGGAAGAACUUUGCUUCAAGAGAAAGUAUGCAGAAUCACAUGAGCAUACAUACAGGAGAAAAACCUUAUAGUUGUUCAGUCUGUGGUGAAGCUUUUGCUAGAAGAAAACAUGUGAACAGACAUAUGAGAAUACAUACAGGAGAGAACCCUUUUUGUUGCUCGGUCUGUGGGAAGAAUUUUGCUUCAAGAGAAAAUAUGCAGAAUCACAUGAGUAUACAUACAGGUGAAAAACCUUUUAGUUGUUCAGUCUGUGGUAAAGCUUUUGCUAGAAAAGCAUAUAUGAAUACACACAUGAGAAUACAUACAGAGAAGAAACUUUGAUGAGUCUUUGGUGAAGGUUUUAAUCAAAAGGCCAGUAAGAGGAAACAUGACGUAUCACAGAGAACAAAAUGACAUUACUUGGCUCUUCUUAUGGAAACAAAAAAAUAAUAAUUUGUUCACGCAGCACGAUCAGAUCAUCAUAUGAAUCUCUACAUUGGACUUACCAAAUGGUCAAAGUGGAGCCUAAAAGUGGAUGUUGAAUUUUUUUUUCCCCCUGACAACAUCAGUCAAAGGGAGUGCUGAUAGAAAAUGUAUUUGAAAAAUAAAGAGA